AUGAUUGCACGGAUUAAGAUACUGCCAGGCUGGCGCCAAAAGCGCAUCGAUAUUCACUCAAAUGCUGCAUCUGCUCCAGUGCAAAUCUGCCGCGCCACCGCUGGGCCGCACAACUUUGCAAUACCUUAUCCGUGCAUCGACUAUAAUCUCAUAGAUGUUCUUGACAACGUCUGGCCACUCUAUUUAUCUAAACUGUGGGAAGUAUGGGGACUAUUUGAAAGCGUAUGCUAUGCAAAAACUGGUGGAAGGGUUCAGAAUGGGUUCGAACACACAUGCAAUGAUGCGAUUGUUGACAGUGAAGAAGGAUUUGCGUGUGUCAGUUACUCGCCGUGUUCGCGAACAUUGGUAUCCGUACCAAGCCAUAGUCCAAGUCUUACUAAUUACUUCACCGCAAUAUCACAACCAAGUGAGCCAGUCGACGCGACAGCGUCUGGACCGCGUGAGGACAGUCGAUCAGGAGGUCGAGGAGUUCGGAGACCGUCAAUUCGCUCGAUAUGUGAUAAAGUGUGA